AUGGAACAUUCGGACUUCGAUUGUCUCAAAGAAAAGCAGUCAUUUGGACCAGGAACAUAUAACACUACGCGUACCAAUUCUCAGUACGAUACAGUCUCAGUUCAGACGUCCGGCGCAAAUCGGUUUGAUGGAAUAAGGGGACAAUUUUGCAGCACCCAACUGUCCCACAGCGGCGGCGGCUUGGGAUCAUGGAUUACUGACGAUAUGAAGAGAAUGUUCUAUGCUGUUUAUAGAAAACAUGGUUCAGUAAAGGAGAGACGAGAGCUCAAUAUUGCAUAUCGUCAUAUUGUAUGUGAACGAUGUUUAGCGAGAAACAAGACAUGCAAAAUUCAAUCUUCUGCAUUCCAAUGUGGAAACUGCCCAACGUAUAUGAAAUGUUCACGCGUACCAAUUCUCAACAAACUACGAGUUCUGCAUGUUAUGAACAUCACCGAACAACAAUAUGAGUCGCUUCUUACAUGGUAUAAAAAGAGUGUAGAUGAACAGAUUGCGAUGUCGAUGACGGAACUUACCAAAAUUAUCUCAGUGUCUCAUCCGCACGAAAUUGAAAAUUCCACCAACAUGCAACUCCAAAAAAUCCACAACGAAUUCCCCAAUAGGAGAACGAUCGACUCCGGUCAAGAGGACUUAACGUACGGAUACUCUGUUGAUCAGAAACAUCGUACGACUUCAAUUAGUCCUAUCUCUGUCGACUCCUCCACGUCAUAUCUUGACAACGAACAGUCACCUUUGCGCACAUUUUUAACACCGAUCAAUCCUUAUUAUACCCCAACAUUGUCGUAUCCGUCUCCGUGCCUUCGUUUACCUGCCCCCACUGCACAGUACGAAAUCCUCAACUCGUCUUACCAACAAUUCAGCGAGAACCCUCGUUGUGAAAAUGCAAGUGAAUACUGUCCAAACAUUCGCAGCCGCCACGAUGAUCCUCGAACAUACACAGCAGGGUCCGAGGCACCUCAAUCGUCGAUGGUCCAGGACGAAAAACGAUUUUGCAUGUCCAGUCAUCAGAUUUGUGUGAACGAAUUUGACAGAUGCAAUCGUGCUACCCCCACUACUUCAGAUUCUCUGCACUAUGAUGCUUAUACCGACCGUGAAACUGGGACCCUUCGUUACAUCACAUCCUCAUCGACUAUGGAAAAGGAAUAUUGCGGCAUUCACAAUGUUCAUCGCCCCAAUCGUGGAACCUGA